GUCAUGACACGCCGCAAAAUGUCAGUUAUCUGUCAUUUUCCAAUUCUAACCUCACAUUUAUUACACUUCAUUUCAUCACUUUUCGAGUUUUCAAUAUUGUUCUUAUUUUUAGUGAAACUGUAGAAAUAUGGCAGAAAAAACGCAGUUAACACCGGACCAAAAAUUUCAACUCAUCUCUAGAAACCUUCAAGAAAUAUUAGGUGAAGAGAAAAUAAAAACAAUAUUGAAAGAACGGGAUUUGAAGUUGUAUUGGGGAACUGCAACAACUGGCAAACCUCACAUUGCUUAUUUUGUACCAAUGUCUAAAAUAGCAGACUUUCUGAGGGCUGGUACAGAAGUAACAAUACUUUUCGCAGAUCUUCAUGCCUAUUUAGAUAACAUGAAAGCUCCUUGGGAAUUGUUAGAAUUGAGAGUUCAGUAUUAUGAACAUUCGAUUAAAGCGAUGCUUGAAUCUAUUGGAGUUCCACUAGAUAAAUUGAAAUUUGUUAAGGGAACUGAUUAUGAAUUAACUAGAGAAUAUACUCUUGAUGUCUACAAGAUGACAUCUGUUGUUACAGAACAUGAUGCUAAAAAAGCAGGAGCUGAAGUUGUUAAACAGGUUGAAAAUGCUCUACUCAGUGGUCUUUUAUAUCCUAGUUUACAGGCAUUAGAUGAAGAAUAUCUUAAAGUAGAUGCUCAAUUUGGGGGAAUUGACCAAAGAAAGAUUUUUACUUUUGCUGAAAAGUACUUACCACAAUUAGGAUACCAAAAAAGAGCUCAUUUGAUGAAUCCAAUGGUACCAGGAUUGACAGGCACAAAAAUGUCCUCUUCUGAAGAAGACAGCAAAAUUGAUCUUCUAGAUUCCCCAUCUAAUGUUAAAAAGAAACUGAAAAAAGCUUUCUGUGAACCUGGAAACAUUGAAAACAAUGGUAUCUUGUCUUUUACAAAACAUGUAAUUUUUCCUCUACUGAGACCUGAUGAAAAAUUUGUGGUUCCACGAAAACAAGAAUAUGGAGGAGACUUGAAUUUUUCACUAUAUGAAGACUUAGAGCAAGCUUUUGCUAAAGAAGAAGUGCAUCCAGGAGAUUUGAAAGCAGCUGUGGAAGUCUACAUAAAUAGGCUACUGGAACCUAUCAGGAAGGCAUUUGAUACACCUGAAUUGAAGAAGCUGACUGCAAAGGCUUAUCCAACUCAAAGCAAAAAUAAGGGACCUGCUACUCAAGCAAUAACUAAUGAUGAAAUUGUACCAAGCAGAUUAGAUAUAAGAGUUGGUAAAAUAGUAGAGGUGUCCAAACAUCCUGAAGCUGACUCUCUUUAUGUUGAAAAAAUUGAUUUAGGCGAAGAAAAACCAAGAACCAUUGUCAGUGGGUUGGUUAACUUUAUUCCUAUUGAGCAAAUGCAAGACAGAAUGGUUGUAGUGCUUUGUAACUUAAAAGCAGCCAAAAUGCGAGGAAUAGAGUCUCAAGGAAUGGUUCUAUGUGCCUCAGUGGAUGAUCCCAAGCAAGUGGAAACCCUAAUUCCACCAGAAGAUGCCCUUCCUGGUGAAAAAAUUUUCAUAGAAAACUUUGAAGGUGCCAAACCAGAUGAUGUUUUGAAUCCAAAAAAGAAAGUUUGGGAAAAACUUCAAGUAGAUUUAAAGACUAAUGCUGACUGCUUAGCUCAGUGGCAGGGUAAUAAUUUGGUAACUAAAUCUGGCGGGAAGAUAAAGAGUAAAAGUAUGGCGGGAGCUCCAAUAAAAUAAAUAAGCUUAAUUUUUUAUGUAUUAACUUAAGACAUAAUAGAAUAACAAUGCUUUGUUUAAAGGGUGUUUUAUUGUAUUUUUACCCUUAUAUGAGGGC